UUAUUUUAUUCACUCAAAUCAGAACCACCCCUUCUUUUUAGAAUCCUUUUUUUUUUUUAUCAUAUAGUAGUAAUAAAAUUUUCUAUGUAUAUAUCUAUAGACACAUUCAAAUCUUUGUUCUCCACAUAUACUCUUCCUUAAUUAGUACUCCAAUUCAUUUAAUUAAAGUUUUAUUUCUCUUGAUGGCAGAUUGGGAUAGAUCAAGCACAUCAGAUAAUGCCUCAGUGGUCUCACCUGAUUCGACCCGAGUGGUUGCAUUAGAGACCACCAACGAAGAAACCUCUAAACUUGAAUUUUCAGAAGAUGAAGAAAUGCUCAUUGCUAAAAUGUUCAGCUUGGUUAGAGAGAGGUGGUCAUUAAUUGCUGGAAGAAUCCCAGGAAGAAAUGCUGAUGAGAUUGAAAAAUAUUGGAAAUCAAAAUACUCCAAGAGCCAGGAGGAAAUACAGGCCCAAUCUCAAGAUGAAGCUCAAAGCAUUGGAUUGAUAGAGAAAACUGGGCCUUCAACGGGGCACCCUCAGCAGUUCCUUUUUCCAGAAAAAAAGCCUAUAUCUGUCUGUCAACCUUCAGAUACUGGGCCUCAACUAUUGGGCCUUAUAACGGCUGGGCCUCAACAGCUAUUGGGCCCUAAAACAGAUGGGCCCAAUAGCAUCACUACAGACCAAAAGUUAGUUAACCCAGCCCAAGACCAGAUAAACCAACCUUAACUCAAUUUCCUCUUUCCCAGCCCAGCCCAAGAUUGGUCAAACAUGCCACUAGACAAACCUACAAUAUAGAAAGGAAAAAUUACAUAAAUUAAUACAUUUUAAAAAAUAAUUACUGAUUUUAGCGAUACUUUUUGUUUAUUA